CCCUUUGUCCAGGUAUAUGAGUGUUGUCCGCACCCGCCACUUCUAAUCUAAAAACAGUGUUGGGGAAAUAGGGAAACAAACAACAUGGCUUCCUCGACGAUGACCACCGUAUCUUCAGUACUCUUCAUCGUAACCUUCGCUGUCCUCAUCGCCGGCGUCCCCGGUGACCACCACACCGGCCGAUACUGCGCAGUCCGCGGAUGCUGUAACGUAACCGGCGCCACCGUCAUCAGCGAUGCAGUGGCUAAGACUGGGGUUUUUAGAAACGACAAGUGCCACGCACCUUUUCCAACCAGCAGCCCGACGACGCUCUGCUACUGCGACGGGUUCUGUCAGAGAAACGACCCCGACUGUUGUCCGGACUUCUACGAGGUGUGCCUUGGUCGAAAGCCUCCACCAGAUGUACUUGAGUCUCGAAAGACAGACGAAGUUGAAUUACUAUGCUGCCACGAAGAAAGAGAAUACCAAGUAGGAGAAGUUCUAAGGAUAAACUGUAAUACUUGUACAUGUAAGCCUGUGCUCUAUGAAUUCGCUACAUUCGUCUGUGAAAAGAGGGAUUGUGCCAUCAACCAGGAGGCAGUAGAUGAAAUCAACGAUGGUAACUUCGGGUGGUCAGCGGGUAACCAGACCGAGUUCUGGGGCUCCUCCAAGGACGACGCGAUGCACUAUAGGUUGGGCACCAUGAAACCAACCGCUGCCGUCCUGAACAUGCACCAGAUACAGAAUGACAUGCCACCCGAAGACAUCCCCGAUGAGUUUGACGCAAGGCUCCACUGGCCAGGGCUCAUCGAAGACGUACAGAACCAGGGCAACUGCGCCAGCUCCUGGGCAAUGUCAACAGCAGCUACUGCUUCGGAUCGCUUAGCCAUCCAGUCCAAUGGCACAUUCAAAUACAUGCACCUGUCACCUCAACAUCUACUAUCGUGUAAUGUUAAGAGACAGCAGGGAUGCACGGGAGGGCAUCUAGACAGGGCCUGGUGGUAUAUGAGGAAAAGGGGAAUUGUAACGGAGGACUGUUACCCGUACCUUAGCGGGAUGACGUCAGAUAUGCAAAUGAGGAAGGGUAACUGUUACAUCAAAGGUCGCGAUCGUGUGCCUCCGUAUUGUCCGAAUCCAACAGUUAGAAGUCAAAGAUAUAUGUCGACACCGCCAUACAGGAUAGCACAAGAUGAGCAGCAGAUUAAGGCAGAAAUAUUCACAAACGGGCCUGUACAAGCCGUUUUCAACGUCAAAAGCGACUUCUUCAUGUACAAGGGCGGCGUGUAUCGCCACAUUCCGAUGAAGUCGACUGCGUCUAAUGUAGUCUUCACCGGAGACCAGACUGAUGUCCAAGGUGACGGAGUGUUUGAGGAAGAGCAGGGCGGUUGGCACUCGGUUCGCAUCCUAGGAUGGGGUGUCGAUAGGUCGUACCCAAAUAGACCACUCAAAUAUUGGAUAUGUGCCAACUCUUGGGGUACCGGAUGGGGUGAAGAUGGUCUCUUCCGGGUCAUCCGAGGUGAAAACGAAUGCAGUAUCGAGAAGUUCGUCGUGGGAGUCUGGGCGAAUAUUGACACUGAUAUGAUGAACCCCAUGAAAACGAACAACGUCAUAUAGACGUCGCAUAAACGUUAUACAAACGUUGUGAUCCAGGAUUC